AUUGCGAAGUGGUACCGGAGAGAGUGCUUUGUGUGCAUGCUUUAGCGGCCUGUUUACGUAAUUUUAUGUCUAGAAGAUGUCGUGGUAACAGGGAUAUAAGCCAUGAGCGAUAUCCGCCAUUCCCUCCUGAGGCGAGAUGCCCUUAGCGCUGCCAAGGAGGUCCUGUAUCACUUGGACAUUUAUUUCAGCAGCCAGCUUCAGAACACCGCUGUUCCCAUUGUGGAUAAGGGCACCAUCGAACUGGUGGAGGAGUUCAUCUUCCACGUUCCAAAAGACCGCAGUGUGCAACCAAAGAGGAUGAACUGCCUUCAAGAGCUGCAGUUGCUGGAGAUCAUGUGCAGUUACUUCCAGGAGCAGAGCAAGGAUGCAGUCCGACAGAUCAUCUUCUCCGCCCUUUUCAGCCCCCAGGGCAACAAGGCUGAUGACAACAGGAUGGCUAUGCUGGGCAAAUUGGUGUCCAUGGCAGUGGCUGUCUGCAGAGUGCCGAUUCUAGAGUGUGCUGCGUCAUGGCUGCAGAGGUCCCAUGCGGUCUACUGUGUGCGGCUUGCCAAGGUCUUGGUGGAUGAUUACUGCAGCUUAGUUCCAGGUUCAGUGCAGACACUCCAGCAGAUCUUCAGCGCCAGCCCACGAUUCUGCUGUCAGUUCAUUACAGCUGUGACAGCCCUCUAUGACCUCUCCUCAGAGGACCUCAUCCCCCCUUUUGACUUGCUGGAGAUGGUGGUGACCUGGAUCUUCGAUGAUCCCCGUCUGACCCUCAUCACUUUCCUCAACACGCCCAUCUCUGCCAACCUGCCCCUCGGCUGUCUGGACCUCACGCCGCUAUUGGGGCUGGUGCGCUGGUGCGUCAAGUCCCCUUUGGCCUACAAGAAGAACCUAAAGCCUUCCCUGUCCAAUGGCCACACAGGCAAACUCCCCAGAGAGGCCGUGGAGUGCGAGGGGGCCGACAGGGACUCGCAGCCUCUGUAUUCUAAGCUGCAUCUGAGCGUCUUGCAGGUCCUCAUGAUGCUGCAGGUGCACUUAACAGAGAAGAACCUCAUUGGCCGCCUGGGACUCCUGCUUUUUGAGCAUGUGGCUCAGCUCGUGGAAGAGCUGGGCAGGUUGGUGGAUGAACUGAACCCUCUGAAUGCCACCAAAGAAAUUGAGCUGUCUUUGGAUAGACUGGCUCAGGCACUGCAAGUUGCCAUGGCAGCAGGAGCAUUGCUGUGCGGAAGGGAAGACCUGAGGUCACUUUGUUCCAGGCUGCCCCACAAUAACUUGCUUCAGCUGGUCAUGUCAGGCCCGGUCCAGCAGCCACCUCACUCUCCAUAUCAACCCGGCUUUUACCCCCACAUCCACACACCCCCUCUGGGCUACCCUCCUCGGCCUGCCGCUGUUGCCCACCCCACUAUUUCAGCACAUGCCCCUCUUCCCGCUCACACUGCACACCCAGCUCACAACACACACCCCUCUCACCCCUCACAGACUUUCCUACCAGGGAUGACCUUUCCUUACCGCCCAAUCCGCUAGUGGUGACUUGGAUCUAAAAAGCGGCACUGUUUGUAUCGAAAAGAAAGCAAACAGUGGGACAGCCAUACUUGCAGUAUGAACAUGGUAUUCUUUAAGGUGGUAUUCUGAAAAGUAGCGUUAUUUACUGGCCAACCAGCCUGGCUCACUGGCUCACACUC